ACAGGCUUUAGGUGUAUAUAAGACGUCCCCUGGCCACACACCACACAAACAAGACGCUCUCGAGGAAGAAGCAUGAAGACUUUCAUUCUGUGCUUACUACUAGUCAACCUGGCAAUAGUGGUUUACUCUUUGCCAAUAUCGCCACCUACUGAAGAAGAUGAAGUUCUUGCAGAGGUAUGCUUUUUGUCACAUCUUUUGCUAGAAGGGUCUAUAUGGGUUUUACAACUGAAAUUAUUAUGAUAGAACAGAUGUGUACAUGUAACAUCAUAUGGCUUGGUCAGGUUGUUAUUGCAAAACAGAAUAUUGACUUACCCGGUUAAAUAAAGACUAAAUGAAUAUACAUUCUAAUGAGUUAUGUUGAACUAUUGAAGUGCAAGAACUAUUGAAAUCCCUGCUUAGUUAGUUGCUAUACUCAUAACACAGUAAAGUAGUUGUUUAUUUUAACUCUUGCUGUGUGAGCCUUGUACACCUACCAUAGGAUAUUAUAUUCAUAACUGUAGUAAAUGGCACCAUAAUGUCCUAUCAUAUUAACAUCAUGCUUGCUCUGUUUUCUGUAGACGUACCUGAAGAGAUUUUUUAACCUGACAGAGGAGACGGGUCCUACGGCCAGACGGGGGCCCAGCCAGCGGAGCAGGAAGGUCAGCGAGAUGCAAACGUUCUUUGGCCUCCAGGUGACAGGCACCUUGGACGCUGAGACCGUGACGAUGAUGAAGAAGCCACGCUGUGGGGUACCUGAUGUCCAACCCAGCCGUUUCACCACCUUCGACAAUCGCAAGUGGCAGACCAACCAGGUUACCUACAGGUGAGAGGAGUGAGAAAGCAUAAAUACACCACGGUCAAAUGUGUAUAAGACAAAAUAGAGCUUGUAAUGUUAACAUUUAGUUAAUUGCAAUAUCAAUCAGGUGGUCUUUAAACACAAAGGCAAGUAUCCACUUAGUGUGGAUAAUAACGUUUUUGUAUUUGCAAACAUCAAGUUAGAGUGAUAAGCCUUGAGAUUGUCAGGGAUUGCUGAACCAAAAAAUUAUUUUCAACAUUGAGAAAUGUUUUGACUGUUGGUGUAUUGUGUUCUUCAGGAUUGAGAACUACACCCCUGACAUGUCUGUGGCUGAGGUGGACAACUCCAUAGAGAGAGCACUACAGGUGUGGGCCAAGGUCUCCCCCCUGAGGUUCACCCGCAUCUACAGCGGCACCGCUGACAUCAUGAUCUCCUUCGGCACCAGAAGUAAGCAACUUUUAUCCUACCAAACGCAAUGUUAAUGUGACCAACUGAAACAGAAUUCAUUCAAUAUUAAGAAAGUCUAACCUGGAAGUACUUGCGUGGGUUUCUGGAUAUGUUUUUAAAAGCUACACUGUAACUGAAAACUGUAAUUUAUACAGUAAUUUUGGUAUAGUAAAAUACUGUGAAACGUUUACUGUAAAUUAUGAUGCAUUGUGGGAACAUUUUGUGGGUGGGGAAGGAAUUGCUGUAUUUCGAAUGGUAGUGUAAUUCCAUCCCACAGAAUACAGUACCAGAUCGUAUUUUUGGAGUGCCAAAAACCUUUUUUCCACUAGUGAGUGCAUGGCAUUGUUGUCUGGCUCAUUAACAUAUUAUGUGGUGGGCCUUGAAAGAGGCUAUAUUUGUUGCACCUGUUAGUGAGAGUGCUGUUCCACUUUAACUGGUAUGUGGUAGUAGUGCCCCAUCAAUUACAAUGUAUAGGGGACAGAUUAGAGUGGCUGCAAGUCUUAAACCUUUAAUGCUCAACCUCAAAUUACCAACCUGUUUGCAACAAUCCCACGUAAUUACAGUAAAAUACAAACCCCACCUCCCCUCAGUGAAUAUAAUUCAUUCAUCCAUUCAUUACAGUCUAAUACAGCCAAUUUUACAGUAUUGUACUGUGUGUAGUUACACAGUACAUGCUUAGAUACUAUACUUAGAAUACAGUCGGUAUAUUGCAAUAUGAAAUACAGUAACUUACUAACCACUAGCUGCCUGUAAGUUACUGUCAAAUUCACGUUAACCCCUUUACAGUGUACUAUAAUACACUAAUAAGCUGAUGUACGAAAAUGUCAUACUGUACAUGUUCACAAAGAAUGCAUCCAUUUAAAAAGGGAACAUGCAGUAUGUACUGUACAGUGCUUUGUUUUGAAAGACACACAGACACUUCAAAGGCUCUCAGGAUGUUUUUGUAUAGCAGGGUUAGAAAGGGAGGGCUGUAGGGAGAUACCUGUGGAGGAUCCACUGUUUACAUUCCUCUUGUCAGAGCAUAGUGCAGGUAUAGGCCUAUUCAGGGGCACCCUCCGCUCCAUACCACUUACAUAACCAACAUCACCACCACUCGUAAACACAGACAUCCACAAUGGUCUCAGUGGCUUGCUACUGCACUUUAAUCUGUCUUGUACAUGUUUUGAUGAGUUGAAAGAAUGGAGAGACACCCAGAUACCACUUACAUAACCAACAUCACCACUCGUAGUCUUAAACACACACAUCCACAGUGGCAUCAGUAUCAUGUCACUGCUCGCCCCUCACUAUAAUCCGUAUUUACAGUUUGAUGAGUUGAAAGGGUGUUAUUAGAGCCACUCUGCCUUAUUUCACCCUCUGAGGUGUUACGAUGGGCUCCCUAUAAGUGCAUCGGUUUUAAGAAACUAACAUUUGAUACAAAUAAUUUGAAUAUAAAUGUUUAUACAGUAUGGAUUUGUCCUCGUCUCUGAUGGCUCAAACUAUGAUUUCUCCCAUCUGUGUAGAUCAUGGUGAUUUUUACCCCUUCGAUGGCCCGGAUGGCACCCUGGCCCAUGCCUUUCCGCCUGGUCCUGACAUUGGAGGAGAUGCUCAUUUUGACGAUGACGAGUACUUCACCUUCAGCUCAACCAGAGGUGAGACCCUCUAUCACAACAAUAUGUGGAACAUGACUUAAUUUACCCUGUUUCAAUUCUAGGACAAUCCUGGGUGACAUGUCAUGAUAAUUGCCACAAAAGAGUAGAAGAUCUGUACCAGUAAUUAUGUAUUAUCAUCAUAUAGGGUACAACCUGUUCUUGGUGGCUGCACAUGAGCUUGGCCAUUCCCUCGGUCUCAGCCACUCCAAAGACCCUGGAGCACUGAUGUUCCCAGUGUACAGCUACACAGACCCCAGCACCUUCUCUCUGCCUCGCGAUGACGUCAACGGUAUCCAGUACAUCUAUGGUCAGUAUUCAAUUAUCUUUUCUCUUUCUGCCCAGUUUGCUUUAGCUUUAUAUUGCUGUAUUCCACUUUGUUUGCUUUUGACUGAUCAACAAAAAGGUUCAGGCCAAAUACGUUAUAUUAUUGAUCUCCAAGUAAAUCAAUUAUGAGACUUGAGAACUGUGCAUUUUUUACAGGAACUUGAAUUUAUGAGUAUCUGUGUCCUCCAGGUCCAAACCCAGAUGUGAACCCCAACCCAGACAAGCCAGAUCCUACACCCCCUUCCACCCCUGAUGCCUGUGAUCCCACCCUGGUUCUGGAUGCUGUCACCACUCUGCGUGGGGAGAAGAUGUUCUUCAAGGGCAGGUACAGCAAAUCAUGUAGCCUAGAUCAAAUGUUCAGUGACUUAUGGUAACCUACAGCUCAAAAACAGUCAAUGAAUGACACAGUUUCCAAGGGAAACAGGUUGCCUGUUCAUGUGAUCCAGAGCUCUAACGUCCUCAUGUCUUCCCUCCAUCCUCAGGUUCUUCUGGCGUAGCUACUCUCAGAGCAGCACCCCACAGCAGAACCUCAUCAAGACCUUCUGGCCCGGACUCCCCGACAACAUCAAUGCUGCUUACGAGAGCCAGCUAUCUGACAGAGUGUUCCUCUUCAAAGGUAUGGCAGAGUCACCAAAUGCCUCAAAUUAGCCCUGGUAUGGCUGUAGUCUCCAUAACAUGUCUAGAGACAAGAACAGUGGAGGCUACAGCCAUUUAUAGAGCUAGCCUCAUACACUACUACUACACUACAGGCUAGUACACUAUACAAUAUGGCUGUAAUGAAUACUGUGUGAAUACGUGAACCUGUUAAAGAGUCAUAUCUCAGUAAUACUGUCUCUGUCCCUGCAGAUCGUCAGGUCUGGGCUCUCUCCGGCUAUGACAUCGUCCCCGGCUAUCCCAAAAACCUGAACAGCUUGGGUCUGCCCAGUACCGUGAAAAAAGUAGAUGCCGCCCUGUACGAUGUAGAUUCUCGCAAGAGCUUGUUCUUUGUUGGUGACUACUACUACAGGUUAGUGGAGUCUAGUUUAUCAUUACAAGUUAUUGCAUUUUUAUUCACUUUUCUAUGUACUGUAUAUUGCCAUUAGAUAUUGAUGUCAAGAGUAUCACAAUCUCACUAAUAUUUCUGUUACCGUAGUUACGAUGAGGAAAUGAAAAGGAUGGACAAAGGUUUCCCCAAGCGUGUGGAUGAAGGGUUCCCAGGCAUGACAAGCAAAGUGACUGCAGCCUUCCAAGUCCGAAGUGAGUGUGAUACAGCAUCUAAACACAACUGUGCAUUACAAGCCAAUCAUAUGGAAAUAUACAAAAUAUGAUUUCAUACCUUCUACAGUUUUCAUUUAAUAUAAAAAAAUCCCCUGAAUAGUCCUUUUAAUGCAUAUUUUAGAUGUUGAGUAUUGAUAGUUUGUCAGUGCAGCAUCCCACUGGGCACAGACAUCAAUUCAACAUAUUUUCCUUGUUGGUUCAACGUCAAAAUGACGUGGAAACAAUGUUGAUUCAACCAGUGUGUGCCCAGUGGGAUGUCUCUAACCUCUCUACCCUAUAUGGUUUUACAGGCUUCACCUACCUUUAUAGUGGCUCCUACGUGUUUGAGUACAGCAUGAGGACCAGGAGACAGUUACGUGUGCUAGGAAACAGCUACUUCCUGCCCUGUUAGAACAUCGAGCCUCAUGAGCCGUUUAAAGUAGCAGCCGUGAACAACAAUGAAUGCAGCCAAAUAACAGUUGUAUUUUUUUUCUAAUACGUAAUGUUGUUGUAAUUUAGAAAUUUUACAGAUUUGUUUUCUAAUACAUAUUGUCACAUAUCUAUUUAAAUAUAUAUUCAUGUAUCUAAAUUAUUUGAUAUGUUUCUUGAUUAAAUCGUAACCUAAAUAAUCAGAAGAAAUUAAUGUCUUGAAUGAAGGCCAAACACAUUUUUACACUUUGCAUAUUCAAAUAAAUUCCAAGUUAUUGUGA